AUGGCAAAGUUACAACUUGAUGGAAGUUGUAUAAGAAUGGAGAAGGGUUCUGUCCCUGAUGCAAACAAUUUCUUCAAGAAGCUCUCUCCCAUUAAAUCCACCAUCAAGAAAGAAUUGAGAGAAUUAAGCUUGCAUCAAGGGAUAGAUUGGCAUGUAUUAAUUACAGUCCCCGUUCCGGUAUCUUUAUACUCGCUCGCUACGUCUGUUCCGGUCUUUAAUGGUUUAAAUUUCCCUGAUUGGAGUGAACAAGUCCAAUUUCACUUAGGUGUAUUGGAUCUUGACUUGGCUCUUCAAGUUGAGAAACCGGCUGUUAUCACUGAUAUUAGUAGCAUUGAAGAGAAAGCUCAUUACAAAGCUUGGGAAAGAUCAAACAGACUUAGUCUAAUGUUUAUGAGAAUGAGCAUUGCAAGUAACAUCAAAUCUGCUAUUCCGAAAACUGAAAAUGCAAAAGAAUUCAUGAAAUUUGUGGAAGAGCGCUCCCAAACUGCUGAUAAGUCCCUUGCUGGGACAUUGAUGAGUACGUUGACCACCAUGAAGUUUGACGGUUCACGUACUAUGCAUGAACACGUGAUCGAGAUGACAAAUAUUGCAGCAAGACUUAAGUCUUUAGGAAUGAAAGUGGAUGAAACGUUUCUCGUGCAGUUCAUUUUGAACUCGCUACCAUCUGAGUAUGGUCCAUUUCAGAUGAACUAUAACACCUUAAAAGACAAAUGA